UGCGGUCGUCUUCUUGACUGGAAGAUAAGUAGAUAACAGAUAAACUCGACGCUCCUGUUACCUUUCCCACCAUUUUCCUAAACACUUUCUUUAUAUUAUUUUCUCCCCCACAUGUUUUUUAAAACCAAAUCAAAAUUGAUAGACCCAUGCGGAACAUAAAAACAAACAGAUCUCACUGUGUGUUAGUUCUUCAGUAUAUCGGUUAAUCCUGGAGCUUGUUAUUGCCUAUUGAUGCGAUCUUUGCCUUUUCCUCCGUCUCAACAUCUCUUUCCAUUAGAUUUGUUGAGCUACUCGAUUUAAUCUCCAUCAAGUCUUCUUGUCCUUAACCACUCCCCCAGAGGAGGAUACAUGGAUUCAUCUGCUUCUCCACCUGUUUCUCGGAGGUUCUUCUGCACCUGUAAAUUGCAGUGAAAUUGUAAAAUUUUGUCUGUAAGUCUAAAGUGGCCCCUUUCUGCCAAAAUUUUCCAAUUUUUUUACAUCACAGAGAAAACAAAAGCCCUCCGAUUAACAUUUAUUUUGUGGCCCCAAAUGGCCAAGUUGCUUGGAGUGACAUUCGUGUUUCUGUUUCCAUCAUGACGAUGUUUCUGUCGUGGUUUCAAUUUAAAAUUCUGAGACCUGGGUUUAUAUUCUCUUGGCUCUGUCUGAGAACCCAAUUCGGAAAAUCACGCUCCUGUAUUCUUUGAUAACCCACUUUUUCCUAUUCAUGUUCUCAAGUCAAAUUCUUCAACUUUCUGGUGAUAACCUAAGGGAGAACAAAUUCUGAUUCCUGCUCAAGUUUUUUUUCCCAAGGGAGAACAAAUUCGUAAAUUGGAAAGCACAGAAAUAACAAGAGCGCCAACUUAGGUAUUAGGCACACAUGGACUGGGACUGGAAAGAGUCGGCGUGGGAUCCAUCUGGGCCGGAGCUAUCAAAUGGAGCGGCUUCAGUGGAUUUGAGUCUUGGAGAGACUUCUGAUAUCGUACAAAAAUCAGCCUCAUAUGCACCCAAGGACUUACCGAGAGACUCGAAAUCGGCAUCAUCGCCAUGUGGUUCGUCAAAAAGGAGCCGUACGUUGAAUGGAUCGACGCAGAGCGUGUCGUGCUUGGUGGAUGGAUGCGACUCCGACCUGAGUGAUUGCAGAGAAUAUCAUCGGCGACACAGAGUGUGUGAGAAGCACUCCAAGACGCCCAUUGUGUUGGUAGGAGGAAAGCAGCAGCGAUUCUGCCAGCAAUGCAGCAGAUUUCAUUCUCUGGGAGAGUUUGACGAGGUUAAGAGGAGUUGCAGGAAACGUCUUGAUGGACAUAAUAGGCGCAGAAGGAAGCCUCAGCCGCCUUCUCUUUUCAUGGCUGCUGAGAAAUUCCUGAGCGGCUACAAAGGACCCAGAAUCCUUCAUUUCGGUAGUCCUCAAACGUGCAACAACCCGUUUCUGACGAGCACAUGGCCUGCCACUGCCAAAGCUGGAGCUGAACCAGUGAUGAUCAGUUAUGACCAAAACAGUCUGCUAAGUUCCUUUGCUAAUGUCCAGUAUCAGCAGGAUAAGCAACUUCCUCUAUUUGGGUUAAGCAGCUCUAAAGCAGGCCAUGGCGAUGAGGCAGUGUCUGGGAUUCCCAUGAGCCAAACAACAUUUGGUGCUGUUUCCCCAUCAGCAAGUGCAAAUGGUGGGCGGAAGCCUGCUUCUGAUUGCAAACCUGGAUCUUUUGAUUCAAGUUGUGCUCUCUAUCUUCUGUCAACACUUCAGACACAAAGUCAACAGUUAAGCUUGGUGCAGUCCACCGUAAAUUGUCCAGUGCAAUCAUCUCCGUUAGAAGAUUUGCAUUUUGAUGCUGGGGACAAGUACUCAUCUUGCUCAGAAAGUCCACAAGGGAAGUCUACUAAUCCCUUGUUGGUAUUUGAUGCGGACACAGCCAACCUUAAUUGCAACCAUAUGAUGCCCAUGACGCCUGAUGAAAUUGUGGAAAAUGGGGACUUGCCAACCUUACCAUUUUUCUGGGAGUAGGUUGCUAACUUGUUAUUCAUUGGUUGGAAAUUUCUUGCACUGUUGAUGUUGAACUAAUUAUCUCUGUAUUCUGACUAAGAAAGCUGAACAUGAAGCCUCUAGAAUUUGUCCUUGAAGUCCUUGCAAUGUCAUUUCAUUUGUAUGGAACAAAUUUUAUGGAAGUGUAGUAUAUGUUUUGUAAACCUCAGGGAGUUGUGUUUUUAUUAACAUGUGAUUCCAAAUCACAGAAGGCUUGGGUGCAACUUAUGUUGUGCUUUAAUUUUA